GUGCUACCAGCGCUUCUUCACCGAACCGUGACAGACUUGUUGCUAUCGCGGAAUUGCUAGCUUAGGAUUGUUCUCUAUCAAUUUUAGCACUCUUACCCCAUGCACACGAUCUUCGUGAUGCGGAUUCUCAAUUUGGAGCUGCGUAGAGAAGAAUCUGCUCGUAUUUUGAGAGUAGAAGAACUUGAAGUUGUUUAGAGCCGAGGGAGAGACCUAGUAGGAAUGGAAGAACGAAUUCUUGUGCGGUUGAGGUGGAGAGAAGGUUUGCAUGCCGAUUUUGCGCGUUAGGGCUUGGUAUAGUAUUGGGAUACGGGAGGAUUUAGGGUAUAGCGUAGGUGGGAGAAUUUUGGGAGCUGGGUUUAGGAGCGAACUUGAAAUUGGGCCAAGAUGUUGAUGCAGGUGGGAGGCGAUGGCGCUCGCCCCACCUUCUUUGAGAUGUCGGCGACAGAACAUCUUCCCACUAGCUUGCGGGCCGCUUUGCUUUAUUUCCUCGGGGUUAUGGCUCAAAGAAGACCCAUACUACACCGAGUUUUGGAUUUUAGUGACGAAGGGUACGCAGCCCUAAUGUUUCUUCUGGAGUUUCACAGCUUAAAGACAACAGAUUCUUCGUUUGCUGAAUCGCUGUAUGGGCUGCGACGAAUACCAGCAACAGAUGCUCUUCCUCAGCAACAAGGUCCACAAGCAAGUUCCCCAGGCCCCAGGCCCUUGACUGGCAAGCAGAGGGCUGCCUCGGUUUUUUUCUUGGUUGGCCUGCCAUAUUUGAAAUACAAACUCGAGGCUGCUGUGAAUGCACAGAGGGGCGAUGCUCUCCAGGCUGCCCUGUGGGGUCGUGGAGAUCUGGAAGAUGAAGAUGUUGAUAGUAUGGAACCGCCAAGAGAGGUUGACAAUGUACAUAAUGAACAAGUGUUCUUCGGGAGUGGCACUCCCUGGCGAGAGCGGUUCAAGCAUAUAGCAAUUCGAGCACUUGUAAAAUGCUAUCCAUGGGUUCAUGCAGCAACAGAAGGUGUCUCAUUUGCAUAUCAGCUGCUUUAUCUUUUGGACGCCACCCGCUUUUACACGCCUGCUCUUCAUUUCAUGGGACUUCAAGUGCGCCGCGCCACAGGUCAGGAGCUGAUGGAUGCAGUAAAAGUUAUCGAAGAGAGACGGCAGCACGAGUUUGGUAGGAUCAGAGGACCAUCUUACAUUCAGACAUUACAGAGGGGCGUCCUUCGUUUUAUAUAUACAGCUUUGGACUACGCGCAGACAGGCCUCAUUGCGAGUGUCUUUCUCUUCAAGAUGGUGGAAUGGUGGUACCAGUCUGCAGAAGAAAGAGUGACAGCACCUGCUGUUUAUCCUCCACCCCCUCCUCCGCCGCCUCCAGUGGUUGGUAAAGAUGGACUGCAAUUGCCGGCUGAUGGCAAGAUCUGCCCUCUCUGCUUACGUUCUCGUACCAAUCCAGCAGUGGUGGCGACGUCCGGCUUUGUCUUCUGUUAUACAUGUGCUUUUCACUAUGUCACUCAGUACAAACGAUGUCCAGUUACUCUUGCUCCCACAGCGACCAACCAAAUUCUGCGACUGUAUCAAGAUGAUUAAUAGCAAGGUAGACAAUCUCAUUGCAGUCUAGACGAAUAAUUGGUGACUUUAUUUCAGAUUUUAGACAUAGUUUUAAAAAGAUUAGGAAUGGACUAUCACUCAGAAGAGCUAGUAAUCAAAGCUACGAAAAAUGAUGAGGAGCUCUCAAAACGCCGCAGUGGCUACUUACAAGUUGAUUCUUCUUUCAGGAAAAUCUAAACUUGGGAAUGAAUUUGUCCGAGUCGGCAUCUUGUAACCAUGUUCUCAAAGCUCAUGUUACGCACCCGAAAUCUACUCUUUUCAAUUUACAC